AUGGCCAGCUAGACAAUUCUUUGCUUACUUUGUAUAAACAAGCAUCUCUUAUCAAACUAUUCUCUUUUUCUUGGAUCUCUUUUUUAUUUGCAGGGAGAAGAUUUGAAGGAGAUUGAUAGUCUGAAAGACAGGAUAACAAAACUCCAAUUGAGACAAAUGAGGAUGCUGGGUAAAGAUUUAUCAAACUUGAGCUUGAAAGAAGUGCAGCAGCUGGAAAAGCAACUCAGUGAAAGCCUACUGUCUGUAAAAGCUAAGAAGGACCAAUUGCUGAUGGAACAACCCGAGCAUUCACGCAGGCAGAUUUAUGAGCUUAGAGGAUUUCAUACACCAUCUGAACGCCCGAAACCUAUGUAUCUUGAGUACUACCCCAUAGCAACCAAGGUUUCUUCUGCGACGAACGGGACUUCAGGUUCUGAUGGAGGCUGCAACAGUGAAUUCGACAAAACAUAUUCUGAUGUUACUUUGCACCUAGGGCUACCAUGUGACAACAUUCGAAAGAGGAAAGCAAUCGAGAGGUAGUGUUGAAGCCUAGAAGAGUCUAUCUGGUUGUCCUUCUCUGCCUCAUUGCUAGCUGCUGCUCAAAUUGGCACCAGAAAUAGCAUGUUUUGGUAAUCUAAUAUCCAACAGUAUAUGUGUGGCACUUAGUUAACAACUUGACAUCAUAUAUAAAAUAAGCUAUAAAUAUUUAGUUAACCACUCGCGAGUGUGGAAUAGUCUACUCGCGAGUCUACUCCUCUCCUGGCGAAGAGCUAUAUCAUUUCAUACACAAGGAGCUUUAUAAUUGUCUUCUAGGUUUCGUUCAUUGGACUGUAUUAUCAGAACUCAAAAGCGACUAAUAAUAUCUCUUUAUCAGAAAUCGGAAAUGGAGCUGAAGUUAGAAGAGAAGAAACGACUAGUAGCUGGUAUGGAAAAAAUAUCCCUGGUAUUCAACACUCUCCUUUUUGCUUAUUUAGCAUAAUCAGAUCGUUAUUUUGGUGUAU